CUGCAGAGGAACUCAGAGUGCAGAAAACAACCACAGAAAACGGCAGAGGAAUGACUACACACGCUAGCAUGUACUGCCGCUUGUUUGACAGACAGACUAGUUCAACACAUAUCAGAAAACUCUUUGUACAGUGUGUAAAUUGGAACAUUAAGCGACUGUAUACCGGUGCUACGCACAAGGAAAAUGCUGUUGAACUUGGAGACUCGACUUCAUCUGCUACCAGCUUUGCUACUUCUGUGAAAGCCAGGACAAAACAGCAGAGGCUAAGUGAUGACAGCAUACUACCCUUUUCGGCGUUCUUGACUGACAACUUUGGCAGGAAGCACAGCUACCUGCGCAUCUCCCUGACUGAGAAAUGCAACCUGCGCUGUCAGUACUGCAUGCCAGAGGAGGGGGUGAAGCUUACGCCAAGGAGCCAGCUGCUGUCCACCUCGGAGAUCCUGACCCUGGCUCGCCUCUUCGUCCAGGAGGGUGUAGAGAAAAUCCGCCUCACUGGGGGAGAGCCCCUCAUCAGACCUGAUAUCCUGGAUAUCAUCGCUGAACUGAGGAAGUUGGAGGGCCUGAAAACCAUUGCAGUCACAACCAACGGCAUGAACCUGGCCAGGCUUCUGCCUAAGCUGAAGGAUACCGGCCUUGACCUGAUCAACAUCAGCCUGGAUUCACUGGUUCCUGCCAAAUUUGAGUUCAUUGUCAGGCGGAAAGGGUUCCACAAGGUCAUAGAGGGCAUCGAUAAGGCCAUCGAAAUGGGCUACAACCCUGUCAAGGUUAACUGUGUGGUGAUGCGAGGCCUCAACGAGGAUGAGCUGCUAGAUUUCGUGUCGCUGACAGAGAAGAAGCCUCUGGAUGUGCGCUUCAUUGAAUACAUGCCCUUCGAUGGCAACAAGUGGAACUUUAAGAAGAUGGUGAGUUACCAGGAGAUGCUGGACCACAUCAAGCAGCAGUGGCCCAACCUGGAAAGGCUUGAAACCGGACACACAGAAACAGCCAAGACAUUUAAGGUCCCAGGCUUCAAAGGGCAGGUGGGCUUCAUCACCUCCAUGUCUGACCAUUUCUGCGGCUCCUGCAACCGCUUACGUAUCACUGCAGACGGCAACCUGAAGGUGUGUUUGUUUGGGAACUCUGAGGUGUCUCUGAGAGAUGUCUUGCGCUCCGGAGCAUCGGAAGAAGAGGUACUGCAAAUCGUUGGAGCUGCGGUUGGCAGGAAGAAGAAACAACAUGCAGGCAUGUUCAAUAUCUCCCAGAUGAAGAACAGGCCUAUGAUCCUCAUUGACACCACAUCUGAAAGGCAUUUAUCUCUGCCAAAGUCCCAAGACAGAACGACAUCCUCCCCAAUUGUUUCCCAUUGUACACACAACACAUUCCUCUCUCCAACAGCAGCUCCUCACGCGAGAGUCCUGAAUAGAGAGGGUUUUUUGUGCCUUCCAGACUGCACUGCUUCAAAACAGGCAGCCCAUAUUUGCUGCCAUGGAACCUUAACUAGAGGGGGUACCGGUGUUGAGUCGCAUAUCAACAAAAAUACACACACAAAUGUCAGGAGCUACAUUAAUGAAGAUUGCCUCAGGUACGCACAAGCCAGGGGUCAUAAUGCUUUGAAAAGCCACUUACUCAGGACCCCAGGAACACACACUUUUUUCACACUACUCAUGAAUGCCAAAAUGAAUCUAAAACAACACAAUGUAAGACUGUGCCACAAUCAAUGUUCCAGCAAAGACCCCAGUGGCAAACUCAGAAAGGCUGUAAGUGACAAGAAACAGUUGGGCACAACUGUCCACAACACUGAGCUGGACAAAGCCCAGCUAACGCAUACAGACGCACAGGGCCGAGCCACCAUGGUGGAUGUUGGGGGUAAAGUUCCCACACGUCGAACAGCCACAGCCAGCGCCACCGUCAUCCUGGGCCCCACUGCUUUCCGGCUGAUUCGGGAUAACCAGCUGGCUAAAGGCGACGCCUUGGCCGUGGCGCAGCUGUCUGGCAUCAUGGCUUCCAAACAGACCUCAGCCCUCAUCCCGCUCUGCCACCCGCUCCCCUUAGACCACGCCUCUGUCACAUUGGACCUGGAUGAGCAGCAGAACGCUGCUGUCAUCACUGCAACGUGUCGCACUACGGGCAGGACAGGAGUAGAGAUGGAGGCCCUGACAGCUGUUUCCGUUGCUGCGCUGACCAUCUAUGACAUGUGCAAGGCAGUGAGCCAUGACAUCAUCAUCACUGACGUGAAACUGGUCAGUAAGACAGGCGGGAAGAGGGACUUUCAUCGUCAUCAAUGACCUUGUCCCCCACCAAUAAGUCCAAACUCAAUGAGGAUAAUGAAUUGUAUCAUGGAGACUGCAUCACUCUUCACUGGAGUUGUAAUAUUUUUCUACAGAAAUGAAAUAUAUGCCUUCGGAGUAAUUAAUCACAUGAAGUUCUACACACAUUCUACCAGUAGCUUACUUGAUUUUCUUUUAGUUAAAGUUAAUGUUGCGGCUUCCAAACACAAACCUUUUAGCCGCUGAGAGUCUAUGAGGUUUGGGUCCUCAGGUACGUAGAUUUAUGACGCGCCACAGUAGACCAUGACAAAGACACGCUGAGAUCCAAAUAUGCUUAGGUGCAUUUAUUGAAAGCACAGAGAUAUCACAGCGCAGCAAGGAUGGAUAAAUGAAUGAAUGAGUAGCGGUAGCGGUCAACAAAAAUUACGGCUACUCCCAACCCUGACUCUCUCUCUCUCUCUCUCUCUCAUCUGCGUCACCGGUGAGUGCCCACCUUUACGCACACACACUUCCGCACGCACACACGCCCACUCCCAGGUGAACCACCCCCUCUGCAACACACACACACUCUAACACACCGUGCUGCUCAUCUUCAGCCUAUAUGUCUCUUACACACCAGCCCCUAAUUAUUAGGUCUCACAUAAUAAUUCACAUUUCAAAACACAAUAGGAGACAUAAUAAAUCAUCAUAUCAAUUUCAACGAUAAUGCAAAAAUCUCUAAUAAAUUGCUCAAGUCCAUGAAAAGUCAUUACAACGAAUAUUCCUUCUUCUGGUCGUCAUGACCGAUUAGUGCAAAGUCCAUCUGACGUCCGAAAACACAAAGUCCAUAUAGAGGUCAGCAACGUCCUCAUGCUGCCUCCUCCUUCUCCAGCAACAAACACACCUUGGAUAUGGGUCUGUCCAAGCAACUGGUUCUUGUCUUAAUCCGAAUUUGACGCACAAAUCCCUUGCGAUCUGGAAAAGUUUGCAAGACACGUCCCAUAAUCCAAGAAUUACGAGGUGCAGUACUGUCCAUUAGCAAAACUAGAUCUCCUGCGACAAGGUUUCUCUGGACUCCAGUCCAUCUCUGUCGUUCCUGUAACAGAGGCAGGUACUCCUUUGUCCAGCGCUUCCAGAACAGAUCAGAUAUGUACUGGACUUGUCUCCAUCUUCUCUGUGCGUACAGGUCUGCUGCUUGGAACUCUCCAGGUGGUAAUGAAGGCUGGGUUUUAAGCAGUAACAGAUGGUUCGGCGUCAGUGCUUCCAGGUCGUUAGGAUCUGUGGAGGCCUUGGUGAUGGGCCUGCUGUUAAUAAUGGCUUCCACUUCGCAAAGAACUGUGUGGAGUCCCUCCUCAUCCAAGCGUUGUACUUUGAGAGUGGAGUUCAGGACUUUCCUCACCGAUCUAAUAAGCCUUUCCCACACUCCUCCAUGAUGUGAUCCAGCAGGGGGGUUGAACGUCCACUUAAUGCCCUUUUGAAGUAACACAUCAUGCACCUGUGCCUGGUUCCACUGCGCAAUCGUUGUUUUUAGCUCACGUUCUGCACCCACAAAAUUUGUCCCAUUAUCAGAGCGCAGCUCACGGACCUGUCCUCUUCUGGCUAUAAAACGCCUUAGUGCAUUUAUGAAGGAGUCAGUGUCCAGAGAAGGUGCCACCUCGAUGUGAAUAGCUCUCAAUACAAGACAGGUAAAUAGGACACCAUACCUCUUCACUGUACUCCUCCUGCUCCUCACUUCGAUGGGUCCAAAAUAAUCAACCCCUACACAUGUGAAUGGAGGUUCAUCAGGCUUGAGUCGGUCUGUGGGCAAGUCUGCCAUCUGCUGGCAAACUGGAGUGGCAUUAAGUCUUCUGCAGAUGGUGCACUUGGACAGAACUCUCCUAAUGGCAGUACUUGCUCCUGUCAUCCAGUAUUUCUCCCUGAGCUUGGACAACAUGUGGUUGCGGCCGCUGUGUCCUACCUCUUGAUGUAUAUUUCUCAGCAGCAGGGUAGAAAUAUGAAGGUCUUUUGCCAGAAUGAUAGGAUGCUUAGACUCCAAAGGCAGUGCUGCUUUGCUAAGCCGUCCUCCCACACGCAAGACUCCAUCCUCCAGCCUUGGACACAAUUUGUGCAGGUGACUAUUUUUCUUGACAUUUUGUCCCUUUUCCAGACACGAGAGCUCCUCAAAAAACUUUCUCUUCUGGCAAAACUGAAUUAUGGCCAGCUCAGCCUUGUCAAUGUCCUCCACUGUAGGAGCUCCCAGAACAGCUGCACCUUUAAAUGUGCACCUUUCCUGCUCCAUCAUUCUCUGUUGCUGCAUGCUCUCUUCACUCUGAUUGGCUAUUAGCCUUUUUCUCUUCCUGAUACAGGACGACAACCAUUCCUUGUAUUUCAGCCACCACGCCACAGCUUUCUUUAAUCGGAUCCACGAGGAAUAAUGAUGGAUCAGGUGAGUAGUGGGAUCCUCUUCAGCUUGUACAGCAUUGACAACAGCAGUUUUCUUCACCUCUGGAUCGUCCUGGGGGAGAUAACUCACAGGCUCAGGGUUCACAGGCCAUUCUGUUUCAGGUUGGCAAAGAAACGGAGGUCCUGUUAACCAGAGUCUGUCCUUCAGAAAUGCCUCCACUUUGAGCCCUCUGGAUGCUGCGUCUGCUGGAUUUGAAGCUGUAUCCACGUACCUCCACUGAGCGGGGUGAGAUGAUUUCAGGAUCUCCGAAACACGAUUGGCAACAAACACCUUAAAUCUGGAGCUUUCGUUGUUAAUGUAUUUCAGCACAGAAGCACUAUCAGUCCAAAACACAGAUUCCUGAAGACUCAUGUGUAGUUCUUUCUUCCACAGGACAUCCAUGCGACUGGCCAUUGUUGCAGCAAUCAGUUCCAUUCUUGGAAUUGUAACUGUCUUCAGUGGAGCAACACGAGCCUUUCCCAUAAUGAAAGCACUGUGCAUUUGGAGGUGCUCAUUCUGUAACAGCAGGUAAGUGACUGUACCAUAGCCUUCCUCAGAAGCAUCGCAGAAAUGGUGUAGUUGUGCAGUAAUAACAUCUCCAAACUCCAGAGGUUUUAGACAUCUGGGCAACUCAAAGUUGUCCAGUAGGUGGAGCCCUUGCACCCACUUAAGCCACUCUUUGGAGACAGUCUCUGGUAUGGGAUCAUCCCAACCAACUCCUCUUCUGCACAAAUCCCUCAAGAUCCUUUUUGCUGUCAGAACAAGGGGACUUAACAUGCCCAGAGGGUCAUAAAUGGAGCUUACAGUUGAAAGGAUGCCUCUGCGGUUGAGUGGUCUGUCCUUCCAUACAAUUUUGAAUUUAAAGGUGUCUGACUUGAUACACCACUCUACACCCAGCACUCUCUCAAUGGGCACAAACUCCCGGUCCAGGUCCAACUGCUCCAUGCCUUUAGCUCUGCGGGGCUCUGGGAUGGUCUUGAGCACUUCAGAUCUGUUACUGUGCCACUUGGUCAAACAGAAUCCCCCUUUAGCGCACAGAGACAUGAGCUCAUGACAGAGGAUCAGUGCCUCCUCCUCUGUUGCAACUGCCACCAAACAAUCGUCCACAUAAAAGCAGUGCUGCAGCUUGUCCACUGUCUCCUCCUUAUGCUCAUGUCCAAAAUCCUCUGCACAUUUCCUGAGGGAAAAGUUGGCGCAGCUAGGGGAGGAUGUAGCUCCGAAAAGAUGUACCUUCAUCCUGUAUUCACAUGGUGCUUGGUUCAAGUCUCCUUGUGACCACCAGAGGAAUCGCAGCAGAUCAGCAUCAUCUGGGGGCACUUGCACCUGGUGAAACAUAGCUUCUAUGUCAGCCAUGAUGACCACAGGUUCCCUCCUGAACCUGGUCACAACUCCAAUCAGUGAGCUGGUUAGAUCGGGCCCUUGCAACAGCUCUUCAUUCAGAGAUUGUCCUUUGUAACUGGCACCACAAUCAAAAACAACUCUGAGCUUUCCCUUUGUCGGGUGGUAGACACCAUGGUGCGGUAUGUACCAGACCCUGCCAUCACUUCUUUCCAGCUCUGCAUCAGGAACCUUUUCAGCAUAACCUUUACCAAGUAGAUCGUUAAUAAAGGUGUUAUACUCCCUGUAAAACACUGGAUCCCUCUGGAGCCUCCUCUUCAGAUGGUUUUGACGCUGUUCCACCACUUUCCUGUUAUUUGGCAUGCUGACGUUUGGAUUUUUCAAAGGCAGGGCGACCUGGUAGUGACCAUUGACAUGUUUGGCUGACUUUGUGACCAUGUCCAUGAACCUCAGGUCUUCCCUGGACAGACCCACUUGUUCCUCCACAGCAGAUUCUGGAAAGUCCAUCUUAAAUUGCUGUUGCCACAGUUCAUCCAGAUUUACAAUGGACACACGGUUCACAGUUACUGGCUGCUCACAGUAAUUGGCCUCUCCACCGUUUCCUGUCAGUGGUCCAUUUACCGUCCAGCCCAGUGCCGUCCUUAUAGCGUAGGGUCCAUUGUGCUCACUGCGGAUAACUUCCAGCGGUUCCAUGGCUCGUGGAACAUUCGUUCCAAUCAGCAACUCAAUUCCAGCCUCAAUCUGUGGUAAGGAGAUGUGUUUUAAAUAUGGCCACCUUGUCAGAUCCUUAUUUGUGGGUAUGUUUGCUUUGUGGACUGGCAUUGACAACUGAGUAUACGCUUUUGGCAACUCAAUGAAGCUGUCAUCUUCAAGUGCUGCCACCUCCAGCUCUGGCACAAUGUAGCUACUGACCACCUUCUCCUGCCCCAUGGUCCUGAGAAGAAUGUUGGCUCUCUUCCCAGACAAAUUGAGCUUCUGCUUCAGACUCUCAGUACAGAACACCGCAGUACUUCCCUGGUCCAAAAAGGCGUAUGUGAGAAUGAUUUUAUUGCCCUUCUUCGCCUUCACUUGAAUCGGCACGAUAGGAAGCUUGCAAUCCAUCUCACCAGCCCCUGUAAGCCCACUGGAAACCAAGGUGUCGUCCACUGUAACCUGGAUGCUUCUCUCAGCUGGUUCUGCCGUUGCCACACUAUCCUUAUGGAGCACAGUUGGAUGUCUUAGGCCACACUUCGAGCAGGAAAUCUUCCUUUGGCAAUUUUUGCUUAUGUGUCCUAUACACAGGCAGCGAAAACAAGCACCAUUUUCCUUCAGGAAGUCAAUUUUCUCUUUGUGUGCCAUUUUUUCCAACCGCGCACACACAUCCAAUGUGUGUCCUCCGGUGCAGCAGGGACAGAUCUUCUUGGCUGGUGGUUUUAUGUAUGUAGCUUUCACAGGUUGAGCUGUUCUCUCCACACGAUUCACUGUGGUAGCGAAGCUGGUUCCUCUGAUGCUGGAGCGAGGGGGAGGUUUGUGAUUCAUUUGUUUAGUUGUUAUAACAGUGUCCUGAAUGUUUCCAAACACAGGGUCUGUCAAGAUUUUUACCUGUUUUUCAACAAAGUUGGCAAUAUCCACAAACCUUGCUCUCCUAUUGUACCUUUCCUGCAGGUCACAUGCGUCGCACCUCCAGCGGUCUCGGAGUUUGUACGGCAGUUUUUUAAUGAUUUCCACCAUGUUUGUGGGUGUGUCCAGAUCACUUAAAUACUGCACAUCCUCCAAAGCGUUGCAGCAUCCACGCAGAAAGAGGCCGUACUCCUGGAGGGCUUUCACAUCUUCUGUUUUAAUAGUGGGCCAUGACAAAGCUCUCUCCAUGUAUGCUGCUGCCACCUUUUGCUCAUUGCCAUAGUGCUCUUUCAAUAGAGCCUUCGCCUUCACAUAUCCUCUGCUCGACUCAAUGUGCUGACAGCUCCUCACUAGUCCCUUUGCAUGCCCUUUGGUGUAUUGUUCAAGGAAGUAGAGUCUGUCACAGUUGUUACUGGUGUUUCGCUCAACUCCAUUUUCAAAUGCUUUAAUAAACGAAUGGUAUUUGAGUGGGUUACCAUCGAAAAUGGGAAUUUCCCUUUUUGGGAGUGCUGAGAGGCAUUGUUGUUGCAUCAAGAGUGUUGAAAUUUCAUUUUGUUUUCUCAUUAUGUCCAGCACACUGUCAUUUUGUGAUGCAUCAGUUUGUGUAACAUUGGUCACAGGAUCUUCAGGAGUGGUUAGAUAACGUUGGAGCAGGUAAGAAGGACCUGGGAGAUGUUUUAUGUCAGGUAAGUGAGUGACUUUAGGCUUCACAACUGUCUGUGUGGUUUCAAUUGCGUUGGAUUUUAGUUUAACUGGCAGUGAUGGGACAAAUUCCAUAACAUUGAUGUUAAGUUGUUGUUUUGAGCAUGUCUUUUCAUAGUAUAAGUUCAUCCCAUCUGAAACCUUUGACUUUGAUUUACUGCCAACACUGCUUUGUGAUUUUAUAACACUUAGUUUUGCCAUUUCCUCAGCGAUUUCAUUCUCCAGUAAAAGCUGUUCUCUUCUUUUGCGUAGCUUUAACUCCUCUUCAUCCAAUGCAUGUUUUUCCUUUAAUGCCUUUUGUUUUGUUGCCAAAAUUGCAAGAUUUGUUUCCGUUUUUAAGCGAGCAGAUGAGCGUGAAGCCAAGGAUGAGGAAUGAUGUGAGCGUGAUUUCUUGGUUGCAUUUGAGAUGCUGUCACAGGGCUGUAGUUCAUCCUGAGGAUCUUGUCCAGUGGAAACAGGUACUGGAGGGUCAGCAACAGACAAAUCCUUACUUUUUUCGACAGGAAUUUGUUCUGCAUAAUUUAUUUCCUUUGUUGGUUGCUCAGAAGUAUUUGUCUGUAGUGGUAAUUCAUUUGAGUUUUCAUGCGGAUUUUCCUUUAUCCAUUUUUCCACUUGUUCCUUGAAUGCAUCACUGUAAUCCAUAAUGCUAGAAAACCACUCCUUUUGUUUUUUAUGUUCAUCAUCAGGAAGAAGUUGCAAUACUUCGUUGUGCAGGUCAGUGGCCUUUUUACACAGUGCAUUCAAGUUAUUCAGUUGUGAGGGGAUUUCAGUUACAUUUUCUUUUGAUUUCAUGUGCGCUUUUAUUUGCGGAAUAAGCUCUUUGAUUUUAUUAACGGCACUUUUGCGCUCAUGCUGCAACCGUUCGAUUUUAUUUUCCAUUGCUUUGGCCGUCAGUUUGAUUUCCCUCUUUUCACGUUCCAUGUUUGAACAUUCAGCAUCAGCGUUUAUUUGACUCAUUUUCGUUAGAUUGUAUUUUUGUAUGAAGCAACACAAUCACAUUUCAUUCAAGAGCGUAUUCAAAUCCAUCCAUAGACAUUGCAUUUAAAUUUAUUGACAGAGCGGAUUCGAUCCAAGCAUUUCAACAAGCAGUAGGUCUUUAGACAACAUCAGCCGCCACAUGCCACAAAGUCCCGACAUCACAAUCCAUUAAAGCACGGAGAAUAUGCGCCACCAUCAAUGCGCCAAUGCAACCAGCGUAUCCAUUUAAUACAUUGUCCUCAUUUGACUCAAUGCAUUCCAAUCGAAGCGGAUUCCUUAAUCCACAAACAUUAACAGGUUCAGGCCUACCUGUUCCCAGGUAAAUGUUUGGCGUGGUGUGGCACUUAGCUGUGGCUCCUUUGUUCUCGGGCUAGUCGGUGCGGGACGACUUGGUUCUUUGAUGCGGCUUGAUGAUUUUCAUUAAACGCCUGUUUUUUGUUGACAAAUGUUGCGGCUUCCAAACACAAACCUUUUAGCCGCUGAGAGUCUAUGAGGUUUGGGUCCUCAGGUACGUAGAUUUAUGACGCGCCACAGUAGACCAUGACAAAGACACGCUGAGAUCCAAAUAUGCUUAGGUGCAUUUAUUGAAAGCACAGAGCUAUCACAGCGCAGCAAGGAUGGAUAAAUGAAUGAAUGAGUAGCGGUAGCGGUCAACAAAAAUUACGGCUACUCCCAACCCUGACUCUCUCUCUCUCUCUCUCUCUCAUCUGCGUCACCGGUGAGUGCCCACCUUUACGCACACACACUUCCGCACGCACACACGCCCACUCCCAGGUGAACCACCCCCUCUGCAACACACACACACUCUUAACACACCGUGCUGCUCAUCUUCAGCCUAUAUGUCUCUUACAGUUAAAGUUAAAUGAUUUUUUGAAUUUUAACUAGAAGGUCUUACCAAUUCCAGUGUCAUAUGUGUUCAUAUGUAUUUCCUGUUAUAUAUGCAACCAGGUGCAAGUGAAGAGCUUUUAACUUUUGUUCACUAGAGGGCACUCGAGUGAUAGAUUCACAGGCCUCCCUUUUGGUCAAACUGAGGGCAUACAUAUUGUAUUCACAUGUUGAAUGUAUUCAUCUUUUUUAACCUACAUAAACUUAAGUGGUCAUUUCAAGAAAGAAUGAAGCCUAGGUGCUGAGUGUAUGUUUCGUGGUCACCUGGUGGACAUGGCAGUGAAACAUCACACACUGUACUCUAUGUUCCUCUGCUUACCU